GGAAGUAAAACCCAGUCGCAGCGACCGCGGAACUGUGCUCAGGACCUGAGCUGAGAGGAUCCGCCGAGUGCCAUCCGCGCCAGCUGGGGAGGAGAGAACGAGGAUACGAGGCCGAAAACCACCCCACCUUCACUUGCCACUCUUGUUUCAGAAUGUCAAGUCCUGUGUCCUACUGGCUCUUCAAUUCUGCAAGGAGUUGCAUUGUUCUAUUACCAGGGAGUAGACGCUUAUACUCAAGGGCUGCCACAAGUAGGAAUCAUCUGAAAUGGAGGCUCUUUUCUCCGGCAUCAUCAGCCAUAAAGGACAGUUCUCCCUGUGGUGGCUUUGCUCUGCGGAAAGUCUACAGACACACAUCAACCGAGGAAGAGGAUCUCCACUUACAGCUCAGCCCUGAGCAGGUCAGUGACAUGCUCCGUGCUGGCGAGUCAUCCCACAAGGUUCUUGAUUUCAACCGUGGAGUUCCAAAUUCAGUGUUAAAGUUUGAGAGCAACCAGUUGGCUGCCAAUUCCCCAGUGGAGGACCGACAAGGUGUAGCUUCUUGCAUGCAAACGAACGGGAUGAUGUUUGGGAUUUUUGAUGGACACGGUGGCCAUGCGUGUGCACAGGCGGUGAGCGAGAGGCUUUUCUACUACAUGGCGGUGUCCUUGAUGUCCCAUCAGACCUUGGAGCAGAUGGAAGAAGCAAUGGAAAACAUGAAGCCUUUGCUACCUAUCCUGCAGUGGCUCAAGCACCCUGGAGACAGUAUUUAUAAAGAUGUCACAUCAGUGCAUCUGGACCACCUCCGUGUCUAUUGGCAGGAGCUCCUUGACCUGCAUAUGGAAAUGGGGCUAAGCACUGAAGAAGCACUGAUGUACUCCUUCCAGAGACUGGAUUCUGACAUCUCUCUAGAAAUCCAGGCUCCUCUGGAAGAUGAGGUAACAAAGAACUUAGCCCUCCAGGUUGCUUUCUCUGGGGCAACAGCCUGCAUGGCCCACAUCAAUGGAGUUCACCUGCACGUAGCAAAUGCUGGUGACUGCCGGGCUAUCCUUGGUGUCCAGGAAGACAAUGGUGCAUGGUCAUGUUUACCUCUUACCUGUGACCACAAUGCUUGGAAUGAGGCUGAGCUGUCCCGGCUUAAGAGAGAACACCCUGAGUCUGAGGACAGGACACUCAUCAUAGAUGAUAGACUGUUGGGUGUACUCUUACCCUGCAGGGCCUUUGGGGAUGUCCAGCUAAAAUGGAGUAAAGAGUUGCAGCGUAACGUCCUAGAGAGGGGCUUUGAUACCGAGGCCCUCAACAUCUACCAGUUUACCCCACCACACUACUACACUCCACCCUACCUGACUGCCAAGCCUGAGGUUACGUCCCACAGGCUGAGGCCCCAAGAUAAGUUCCUCGUGCUGGCCUCAGAUGGCCUGUGGGACAUGCUGAGCAAUGAGGAUGUGGUAAGGUUGGUGGUAGGGCACCUGUCCAAGGUUGGUCGCCAUAAGCCGGACCUGGACCAAAGACCAGCCAACCUUGGCCUCAUGCAGAGCCUGCUGCUGCAGAGGAAAGCCAGCGGGCUCCAUGCCGCUGACCAAAAUGCAGCCACGCAUCUGAUCAGACACGCCAUCGGGAGCAAUGAGUAUGGGGAGAUGGAGCCGGAGCGGCUGGCUGCCAUGCUGACACUGCCAGAGGAUGUGGCCAGGAUGUACCGGGAUGACAUCACUGUCAUGGUGGUGUUUUUUAACUCAGAUUCAAUUGAUACCUAUUAUAAGGAGGGUUAAGAGUCUCACCUUGUUGCCAAGGCUAACAUGGAUCCCUUUAGAACAUUUACACUCACUCCUUAGUGAACAAUUCAAACCUUAGUAAAGAAUAGGCAGGUGUAGGUUGCUGAGUAAUUAACAAAAGAAGGGAGGGGAAAAAAAAGACAUUAGGAGUGAUUUUUGUCCUGUGUGUGCUGGUCAGCUCUUCUAUGCAGCAGACAGAAUAAAGACUAAAAUUGGCUUACACUCACGUAGCCCAUGUCCUUUAUAAAAAAGAGUGUUAAAUUGUGUCAUCCUGUGCUUUUAAAGGAUAAAUUUAAUCAUGUGUCUAAGAAUAAAGAACUUCGGGAUCUUCUGA